CCGCUCUUGAGCUCUUUCUCUACCUCUACCUUACCUCCACCAGGAUUACACUUCCAUUAUGAGCGCCCCUGGAAAGCGUCGAGUCGAAACCGAUGUCAUGAAACUAUUGAUGUCCGACUAUGAGGUCAACCUGGUCAAUGAUAAUAUGCAAGAGUUCUACGUGCGAUUCCAUGGGCCCGCAGAGACCCCUUUCGCCGGCGGAGUGUGGAGGAUUCAUGUCGAACUUCCUGACCAGUACCCGUACAAAUCACCGAGCAUCGGAUUCAUGAACAAGAUAUUCCACCCGAACAUCGACGAGCUUAGCGGCUCUGUCUGUUUGGACGUGAUAAACCAGACAUGGUCACCCAUGUUCGACAUGAUCAACAUCUUCGAGGUGUUCCUGCCUCAACUUUUGCGAUACCCGAACCCGAACGAUCCCCUCAAUGGUGAAGCCGCUGCGCUCAUGAUGCGGCAUCCCAAGGAGUAUGAGACCAAGGUCAAGGAGUAUGUGCAACGAUACGCGACUAAGGAGGCGGUAGACGCUGCGUCGGGCAAAGGAGAGACGGGCGAAGACAGCGACGGCGACGCCGAAAUGAGCGACAUGGGCAGCAUAUCCGACGACGAGUGAUGGCAGCCCGCCCUUCCCCAUACCCCUUCCUCCUGACAGAUCUUGGACUGCAUUCUGAUUGAACAUCCUGUGCAAGGAUCCCAAUGUAUACAUUAUUACCACCUGGCCUAUCCGUGUUUUGCUCUUCCCUCGCUGUACCAUACUCAUCGUCACUUCCUCUGUCCUGUGCUAUCCUUAGUUCGACGCGCAAUGUAUUUGGGUUCAGCUUCGCGGGAGGACAGAACUAUGAUUGUCGAAUCGUUGGCGCUGGCAAUCGUGGCAGGGGUGUGGUUGUAAUGGUACCCGGUAGGACGAAAGGGCUGGGGCAGCUAAGCCUGUGCUAUGGCACGGUAGGCGAACCCACGAGAUCAUCGACCUUCUUCUGUACUUCGCCAGCGGUCUUAACGAGAUGGUCGAUCUGCGUCUUGACAGCAUCCAUCUUGGUCAGCUUGGAUCUGCUUUGCUUGAGCAAGUCUUCCUUCUGCGCCAUCAGUUCCUUCUUGCGUUGGUCGAGUCUCUGUCUUUCCGCCAGCUCAAAGUGAAGGCGGUUGAGCAUGAGCUGAUGUUCACUUUCCAGCACCUCCUCGGUUCGUAGUUCCAGCGGGGCUAACUGGAGAAACUCUUCCAUGGAGUAUAGAGGUAUGUCCUGAUAUACACAUGCAAACUUCUGACAUUUGUCUAUCUCGCGCUCCAGAUGGCGCUUCUCGUAGAGAAGGUUCUGCAGGCCUAAAUGCGUCUGGUCCAUGUCCUGACGCGCAUUGUGAGUGGCCUGCUUGUGUGCACGCGUGGCGGCAUUGGCGACGCGAUUGAGCGCCUUCAGGCGGGCGAACAACGCGCCGGAGCGGAUGCGAACGGCAUCCGGGUCGGCGUCGACAUGGACGUCGUCUGCGAGCUCGCGCAGGGUGGCGACGACGAUCUCAGAGGACGCGUGGUGGUCCGUGUCGAUGGCCAUCAGCGUUGAAGCC